GGUUCAAAACAACGACGAUCUCUGUAGAGUCGCUGAAGUCUCUCUCUCUCUCUCCCGUAAUGAAGAAAACAAAGACGAUGGUGGCUUCCAUCUCCACUCUUAUUAGACGAACCUAUCCUUCAACUUCUCGGUGUAAUUCACUCGCGACAAUUGCUGCGAUUCAAUCACAAUUCCAAUUGCCUCGCGAAUCUCUGCAACAUCAUUCUUCAGCUGAGGGACGACUCCGAUUUUCCGGGAGAGUUUUCUGCUCGGAAUCUGGCGCCGGGAAGAGAAGAAGCUCCGGCUGCUGGAACUGUGGCGAGAAAGCUGCCUUUUUGUUCUGUAACUCAUGUCGUAGCAUUCAACCUGUUGAUGAUUCCGUCGACUAUUUUCAGAUUUUUGGCCUGGAGAAGAAGUAUGAGUUAGAUCCUGGAAGCCUUGAAGGCAAGUACAAAGAUUGGCAAAAGAAGCUACAUCCUGAUUUAGUUCAUAACAAAUCCCAGAAAGAACGAGAUUACGCAGCCGAGCAGUCUGCGAAGGUGACUGAAGCAUGCCGGACAUUAACCAAGCGGCUAUCGAGAGCGAUGUAUAUUAUGAAGCUGAAUGGCGUAAAUGUCAAUGAAGAAGAAACAAUAACAGACCCGACAUUGUUAAUGGAGAUUAUGGAGCUCAGAGAGGCGAUAUCAGAAGCAGAUGAUUCAACAGCGUUAAACCAGAUCCGAUCCCAGGUGCAAGAGAAACUGAAGCAAUGGUCUGACUCUUUUGUCGAAGCGUUUGAAAGCCAGAGGUUUGAUGAAGCUGUAAAAUGCAUACAGAGAAUGACUUAUUACGAGCGAGCCUGUGAAGAAAUUGUGAAGAAGCUAUGAGGCAAGUAGUCCUCCCUUAAAAAUGAACACGUUUUUUUAUG